AUGAACUUGCAGGAAUCGGCAACUUCACGCAAAGGACCAACUGUGCGUGGCUCCAGCACGUCCUUUCCAACCGCGUCGAGGACCAAUCAAACUACGCUCAACGUCCAGGAAGCCAAGGAUAUUUGGCAACAUGCGACCCUGCUUUUCAGGAACUAUGACUGGUCCGAGGCCAUCAUCCAUAUCCAACGCCUGCUCCGGCGCUCUCGGAGCACUCCUGGUUUCAAUCACGCCGCAGUAUGGGCCAACUUAGGCAUCUUGCGCAUGCACUUGGGCGAAUAUUACCUAGCACUCGAAGCCUUCCAAAAGGCCGUGGAGAAAGCGGGGGUCAACAUGGUCCAAGCGACCGAUCUUGAUGGGCCGCGUACGUUCCUUUCUCACUCACCCCAGUCUACUCUGAGUGAGUGCGUGAGCAAGCCAGCACCGCUGAUUAACGGCUCCUUCGUGAUGAUGACAACACCCCAAAACCCUAUGCUGACGCCGGAACCCACAUCGACAGAUCUAUUACCUAACCCGGUAUCUGCGUCAGCAGCCGCGGCUUGGACGUCAUCCACUUCACCACACAGCCCACUUCCGGGGCCAUGGCCUCGGUUGCGGAAUCAACCGAGCAGCCGUGCGGCAGGUGGAAGAGGAUCAGCAACAACUGCGGGAUCAGCGACAGGAUCAACUGCAGCAUCAACAACACUCCGCUCUCCUCCACCACCCGUAGCAACAACAACAACAGACCUGCGCACUGACGCCUCUCUGGUCGAGCGUACCAUGGCCGCGCUCGUCAGGCACCAUCAGCAUCACGAGGCUCAGGCGACUCGUCACCACCACCACCCAGAGGACCACCUGCAAUGUAGACGCGGCGGCCGCCUCAACACCACCACUGACACCCACCCUCGUAACCGUAGUCCCCGACCCAACACGGCCACAGCCGCCAUCUACCCCUUCCUCGCCGGCCUCGCCGCCUAUCACCUCCCCCGCGGCGACGACGACGACGACGACGUUGACGACGUUGACGACGACGAUGGCAGUCGUCAUCCCGACGACGGCCUCCGCCUCGCCCAACGCUACUUCCGCACCUGCCUGUCGCUGCUCCCACCACGACAGCCGCAGGAGUCUGAUGACGACGACGGCGAGGUCAAGGUCGAUCUCAGACCGCUUGGCUUGGCGUGGGAGCUGGAGCGCACGCGCGUCGUCUGGAACGCGCACAUCUGCGGGGUGCGGGCGGCGUGGGAGGCCGGCGAGGGGGAGUUGGUGGCGGGCAUGAUGUGGGGCGUCAAUGGCGUGCCGGGGGGAUUGUUUUUUGAAUUUGUGGAGUAA